UUUCUCAUUCGCCCUAAAACCCAAACCCUCCCAACCGUCGGCGCCCUAAAACCCCACCUCUCCCUCUCUCCCUCUCUCCCCGCCAAAAUAACACUUCGCCCAUGGAAACCCUCCAAAUUUACAGAAACGCCACUGUGGAAUGGAAACCCUCUCCGGUCGUAGCCCUCGCCACCAGCAUCGACGCCUCCCAGGUCGCCGCGGCACGAGAAGACGGCUCGCUGGAGAUCUGGCUCGUCUCUCCCGGCUCCGUCGGCUGGCACUGCCAGCUGACUAUCCAAGGAAACCCCGACUCCAGAGUAUCUUCUCUCGUCUGGUGCCGCCCGAACUCGAAAUCCACGGCUCCGACUGGCCGUUUGUUUUCUUCCAGCAUCGACGGGUCAGUUUCGGAAUGGGAUCUUUUCUUGCUGAAGCAGAAGGUGGUAUUGGAUUCGAUUGGGGUGUCUAUCUGGCAGAUGGCGAUUGAGCCUUUUGACGAUUCAAAGGUCGUCAGUAAUGGGUUUGCGAAUGAUAAAGCUGAUGAUGAUAAUGAUGGUGUUGAUGAUGACGAUGAUGAUGACGAUGACGAUGGCGAUGAUGGAGUUGAACUUAAUGCUUUAGCACAUCAUGGCGAGAGUCGGCGUAUGGCGCUUGGUUGUGAUGAUGGAUGUAUACGUAUAUAUGCUGUUUCUGAUUCGGAUGGACUGAGUUAUAGUAGAUCGUUGCCGAGAGUCAGCGGUGAGAUAUAAUCAUAUCAUAUAUUUUUUUGGACCGUUUGAUACUAUCUGGAUGAAUUUAUAAGAUGCUGGGAUGCUCAAUUGGCUCAUGAGGUUUACAGGAUCACAGUUGGGCUUGGAGGCUUGGGUAGUGGGCCAGAAGUUUGUGUUUGGUCGUUACUUGUUCUAAGGUGUGGGACGCUGGUUAGUGGAGAUAGCACUGGCAGCGUUCAGUUCUGGGACAGUCACCAUGGAACGCUUCUCCAGGCGCAUUCUUACCACAAGGGUGAUGUCAAUUCUUUGGCAACAGUUCCUAGCAAUAAUAGGGUGUUUUCAGCUGGUUCUGAUGGACAGAUUGUCCUCUAUAAGCUCUCUAAUGAUGCGCUUGAAUCUGGCGUGGACAUGUCUUCUGCAGAAAUAACAAAAACAUGGGUCUACGUUGGCUAUGUAAGAGCUCACACCCAUGAUGUCAGGGCCUUGACAGUGGCAGUACCUAUCAGCAGAGAAGACCCAUUACCUAAUACAAAGUCAAGACCACGUCAACGCCAGAAACCCAUCGAUUUCAGUUAUCAUAAGUGGGCCCAUCUGGGAGUGCCCAUGCUUAUUUCAGCUGGUGAUGACACGAAGCUCUUUGCUUAUUCUGCCAAAGAAUUCACCAAAUUUGCUCCACAUGAUAUCUGCCCUGCACCUCAGAGACCACCUACACAGUUGGUGUGUAAUACAGCCGUAGAUGGGUCUUCUUUGAUUCUAGUUCAGUGCUCCAGCUCGUUAGAUGUCUUUCCAGUUCGUUUACAGUAUGAUGCUGCUCUUGAUAUAGAUUCUAAGAGGACAGCAACAACAAGAUUGCUUGCUAGAGUUAAGAGUAAGGCAUCUCGAAAGAUCAUUUGCAGCACCAUUUCUAGUACUGGGGUGUUGUUUGCUUACUCAGAUCAUGUCAAACCCAGUCUGUUUGAGUUGAGAUGUGAAGCUGGAAAGAGCAGUUGGGCUGUCACCAAAAGGGAACUCCCUCGGAGGCUACCAUUUGCCCAUGCUAUGGUUUUCAGUUCUGAUUCCUCUUGCUUGAUGAUAGCUGGCCAUGACAGAAAGAUAUAUGUUGUAGAUGUGGAAACUGCAGAACUUUUGCACACUUUCAUACCUUGCCGGAAGGAUGAUGACAUGGAUUCACCACCUAGCGAGCCUCCCAUAACAAGAAUGUUUACUAGUUCAGAUGGGCAGUGGUUAGCAGCUAUAAACUGCUUUGGAGACAUCUAUAUUUUCAAUCUGGAAAUACGGAGGCAGCACUGGUUUAUAUCUAGAUUGGAUGGGGCUUCAGUUACGGCCGGGGGUUUUCCUCCCAGAAAUAGCAAUGUGCUUGUCAUCACAACAUCUUCAAACCAGGUCUAUGUGUUUGAUGUGGAGGCCAAAGAAUUAGGUGAAUGGUCAAGGCAACACACCUUUGUUUUGCCUAGAAGAUUUCAGGAAUUCCCUGGGGAGGUUAUCGGUCUCUCCUUUCCACCAUCUCAAAGUUCGACUUCUGUUAUUGUCUAUAGUGCCAGGGCAAUGUGCUUGAUCAACUUUGGGAUGCCAGUAGAUAAAGAUGAAGACUUGCCCAAUGGUUUGGAUUCACAAUCAAAGAAGCGCAUCAGGUUCCCCAAGAAGGCAAUAUCAAAGCGAAAGCGGAAGGAUUUGGAUCAAGAGCCCAAACUCAAUGGUAAUAAGAAUUUCCAUUUUAGUUCUUUUGACAAUCCUGUUCUAUUUGUGGGACAUCUAUGCGAAAAUUCUCUGUUGGUCAUAGAGAAGCCAUGGUUGGAAGUAGUUAAGACUUUCGAUGCUCCGGUCCACAGACAUAUCUAUGGGACCUAAAUUGAUGGUUGGUUGUCCAAAUGAGGGGGUCCCAGCCCUGGCCAUGGGUCCCAUUAUUUUUGUCUUGUCACUGGAGGCCGAAAGCAUGUUGUGUAAAAUAUUAAUUGAUAGUUGCAGUAACGUAUCUCAUCAUUUUUUUUUACAGUUUUUAUAGUAUUGGAUUUCUUUUGUUGGCCAA